GGCAUGAAUUCGCCGCCAAGACUUGCCGAAGCUCCAAAGCUCAAGAUUCCCAAACGUCACGAUUUAUCUUAAGAUAACGACUAUUGACAAUUCCAUACACCCAUUCAGAUUGCCCACUAUGCGUCGCACAUUACGGCAAUUUGCAGCUGUUAAGCCUGCCAGAUAUCUCGAGGCAAACACACCAACUGGUCUCACUGGCCUCCAUACUCACCCCUCGCCCCGCGCCGCCCUAGUCUACAUCUACUCCUCGACCCUCGACAAAUUAAAAGAAUUUCCCUCUACUUCUCUGUAUCGCCAAUCUACUGAGGCCCUUACAAACCACCGUCUAAAAAUUGUGCAAUCUGUCGUGCCAGCUGGAUACGAAGAAUGGGCAGUGAAGGCGAAGGAAACUCUUGCUGCGCAUCCAGAAGUUUUCACUACCCCGGAGGGUGGCAUACACUUUGAUCAAGGGAGAAACAAAAAAUUGAACGUCGGAGGCAAAGUCUUCGUACAGUCCCAGGUUGAAAAGGAGGUUGAUUGGAGUAGGGAAGAGUGGGAUGGAGAGGAAGGAAGUGCAGAGUUGGAGGGCGUGAGGACGACACAGGAAAGAAAGGGACAAAGUGUUUUGGCCAAAGAGAGACCUGGUGAGGAUGAAAAACAGGUCGUCUGGGAGAACGAACCUGCAUUGAAUGUCGACCAAAUUGAGGAAAUCGAGAAUCAAAUUGGUGCUGGAUUAAUCGAGGAGGUCAUUCAGGUUGCCGAGGGCGAAUUGACACUCACUAAUGUCUUAUUGAAGGCCAAAGUAUGGGAGGAUCUUGAGGAGAAGCCUGUCGAGGGACAAUGGACAUAUUUCAUGCGCGACAGUGGUACCCCAACUACCCAACAACCACCUCAGAAGUAAUGCUCAACUUAAAGAUUCGAAACCAAAGGAUGUAUAGUAGAGUCUGUACAUAGAAUAAAUACAUGCAAUCAAUUUCCUCCA